CAGUGGGCGGAACUGGGCAGUUCCACAACUUGGUCGGAAGCCGCAAUGAAAUUGCUAAGGGACUAAAACUUUAGCGGAGAAAACCAUCCGAGAGGCACGUAGCCAUUUUUGCGGAGGGAAAAGACAAAUUUGAAACUUGUACAUCAUCGGGCAGUCAUCUAUGCAUCAGUAGGAUCUUAUGAAGACCGUCUGUGACACCACCAUGCUGGCUGUCAGAUUACUCCCCUGCUGUUUCACCAUCCUGUUGGGCCUGUUAGAGCUCUGCAAGGCCCAGUACGAACACCAAGGCUACCCACAAGGCUAUCCACAGGGCUACCCAGAGCCUGAGCAGGAGCAGUACUCUGCCCCAGUGCUGCCAGCUGACACCCCGAGGAUACAGCUGCGUUUGGCGGGCGACAAGCGCAAGCACAACGAGGGUCGCGUGGAGGUUUUCUAUAAUGGCGAGUGGGGCACAGUCUGUGACGAUGACUUCUCCAUACACUCUGCCCAGGUGGUGUGCAGAGAGUUGGGCUACCUGGAGGCUGUGUCCUGGUCUCCCUCCUCAAAAUAUGGAAAAGGAGAGGGGCGCAUCUGGUUUGACAAUGUCCAGUGCACUGGGAAAGAGAAGACCCUGGCACUGUGCACAUCUAACGGAAUCGGUGUGUCUGACUGCAAACACACGGAGGACGUGGGCGUGGUGUGCAGCGACAAAAGGAUCCCAGGAUUCAAAUUUAUCAACACCAUAGCCAAUAAUAUGGAGAGUUUAAACAUCCAGGUGGAGGAUGUGCGUAUUCGGGCCAUUCUGUCAUCGUACCGCAAACGCAUCCCUGUGACAGAGGGCUAUGUGGAGGUGAAAGACGGGGGGAAGUGGAAGCAGAUCUGUGACAUGGAGUGGACCAAGCACAACAGCAGAGUCAUCUGUGGCAUGUUCGGCUUCCCCGGAGAGAGAAAGUACAACGCCAGAGUCUACAAGAGAAAGCCCUCUUACUGGGACUACUCUGUGAACUGCACUGGAAACGAGGCCCACCUGUCAAGCUGCAAGCUGGGCCAAACUAUGGCAGUGAAGGCCAACAGCACAUGUGGCGGAGGCACACCCGUGGUGGUCAGCUGUGUGCCAGGAAGAGCCUUCUCCCCAACCCCCAUGACAGGCUUCAGAAAGGCCUUCAGACAAGAACAACCACUGGUCCGUCUGCGAGGUGGGGCCAUCGUAGGGGAAGGUCGUGUGGAGGUUUUGAAGAAUGGCGAGUGGGGAACAAUCUGUGAUGAUAACUGGAGCCUCCUUUCAGCCACGGUGGUGUGUCGAGAGCUGGGCUUUGGGAGUGCCAAGGAGGCCCUGUCUGGUAGUAGGCUUGGACAGGGUAUGGGCCCAGUCCAUAUGAAUGAAGUAGAGUGCUCUGGGUUUGAGAAGUCCAUCACAGAGUGCUUCUUCAACAAAGAGUCCCUGGGUUGCAGCCAUGAGGAGGAUGCAUCAGUGAGAUGUAACGUCCCAGCCAUGGGCUUCCAGGAGAGGCUGCGUCUGAGUGGGGGGCGGAACCCAUAUGAGGGCCGUGUGGAGGUGCUGGCGGAGCGGAACGGCUCCCUGGUGUGGGGCACAGUGUGCAGUGAUGGUUGGAGCACCAUGGAGGCCAUGGUUACUUGCAGACAGCUGGGGCUCGGCUUUGCCAGCAAUGCCUUCCAGGAGACAUGGUACUGGCCUGGGGAAGUGAGUGCUGACCCAGUGGUGAUGAGUGGGGUUAGAUGUUCUGGCACUGAGAUAUCCCUUUCUCACUGCCUGCACCACGGAGAUCACCUGACCUGUCCUAAAGGAGGGGGACGCAAUGCUGCUGGAGUCUCCUGCUCGGAGACUGCCCCUGACCUGGUGCUGAACCCCCAGAUAGUGGAGCAGACCACCUAUAUGGAGGACAGACCCAUGUUUAUGCUGCAGUGUGCCUACGAGGAGAACUGCCUUUCCACCACCUCCAGUGUGACCCCUGCCAACUCUGUCCGCCGCCUGCUGCGCUUCUCCUCACAGAUCCACAACAAUGGACAGUCUGACUUCCGUCCCAAGGCUGGACGCCAUUCCUGGGUGUGGCAUGACUGCCAUAGACACUACCACAGCAUGGAAGUGUUCACCCACUACGACCUGCUGAGCCUCAAUGGCACCAAGGUGGCCGAGGGACACAAGGCCAGCUUCUGUCUUGAGGACACGGACUGUGACGAAGGUAUUGAGAAGAAAUACGAGUGUGCAAACUUUGGAGAGCAAGGAAUCACUGUGGGCUGCUUUGAUACGUACAGACAUGAUAUUGACUGUCAAUGGGUUGACAUCACAGACGUCAAGCCCGGAGAUUACAUAUUCCAGGUUGUCAUUAACCCCAACUAUGAAGUACCUGAGUCGGAUUACUCCAAUAACAUCAUGAAGUGCAGAUGUAGAUAUGAUGGCCACCGUAUAUGGAUGUACAGCUGUCAUAAUGGUGGUUCGUUAAGCACUGAGACUGAACAGUCCUUCCCUGGCCUACUGAACAACCAGGUGACCCACAGGUAAAAGGAUGAAUUUGAGGAAGAGAAGAACUGAGCAACCAUUACCAUCGCUUCCACCACAGAGAGACUACCAAAAGUCCUCAACCACUAAACUCUCCUUUUGAUUAAAUAGAGCGUUUGGCAAUUUUACCUUUGCCAAAACAUGUCAAAUCAACAAACACAAUGACAUUUUAAACACACACAUGAUUCAAAUGAUUAACUAUGUUCAAAAAGAAACACACAAAGAGCUCAUCAAGUAAGGUCUUCAUCUCUGCAGGCCACUCUCUCUAUAAGCUCUAAAUCUCCUCCUCUCCCAACCCCACAUUUAAGGUUGAGGUCAUCAAUGCAAUGAUGGAGUUUCUUUCCAACAAAUAUCUUUCCUAACUGCUCCCCACUAGAGGAGAGAAUGACACUCAUCUUUUGUCCCAAAUGACACCCUAUUUCCUGUGUAGUGGACCCCUGGGCCCUGUACAGAAGUAGUACACUAUAAGGGGAAUUGGUUGGAUUUUGGGAUGUGUCACAGGGAGCAGUUUCUCUAAAGUACACUAAUGAAAGGGAAAUCAUCUGCACUUUUAUAUAUAUAUAUGAAACAUUGAGUCAAAUGUUAUUUUCCCAGGGAUUGAAUGUCUAUGACAAAAAAUGAUCUCUGUGGAACAAUGAGCAUAUGCAUAUUGGGAAAACUACAGACUUAAGCUAAUAGUCUAUAAUGGCUUUAUACAGUAAGUGCGUCAUACAGGUUACUCUCAAGCAGCUUAAUGAAGAUGUUUAUUGAGGACGCAGUAUGAUAUAAUAAUACUUCCAAUAAGUGUAGUACUGUUAUAUAGCUGCCAAUAAGUGCAUCGCUGUUGAGAAAUGUCUUAAUCCAAUGGCUGUCCUGUGCCUCUUUUCUAUUUUGGAUUGCGCAUCAAGUUGACAUGUGAUUUAAUAAUUUCACCUGUCUUCUAACAAUUACCAGUCUUCUCGUCUGUGGUACAGGGUACUCCCUCAGCUGUCAUCAAUAUGGUCAACACAUUUUAUUCUGUGGUGUUUUCCAAUUCUGAGUGAGUCAACCUUGUACUAUUUCCAAGUUCCUUUUCCAUGAUAAAAACCAAAUGGUAGACAUUAGUCUGCUCCACCACACAAAUUAAUGAUUGUAGAAUAGUAGUUAAAAUGGAGGGAUAAAUGUGCCUUAUAGUGAGAGUUAAACUAGUUUUUUCCUUCCAAACGUAUGUUUUCUUUACAACAUUCACAAACAAUAUAAUCUUUUAAAGCAAACAUCAUAUUAGUAACUUAUUGUUGUAAAAGUCAGGGAUUUUAAUAACUUUUUUUUUUACUUUAUUUCUGUGCAAUAAUGU